CUGACACAUUUGACAAUGGUUUGCUUGGAUUGUCGGACGGAUGAACGAUGUGCUGUGCCUUUAUUUUAUUGAAACAGUUUUAUUUUCACUAAAAAUUUAUGUUUAGUGCUAAUAAAUUAAACUUGACAGUGCGAGUGUAAUAAUGUCACAAAGUUAUGGUGUGAAAAUGUGUGAUAUUUCUAUGGUGCGAUGUAUUUAUGUUGUGUGCCUGUUAUUUUUAUUUGCACUAACAAAGGACGGCGUCGCAGCGAAGAGUAGUCCAAGCACAGAGUUCAGUCGGCAUAGGAUAGUUCAGCCGAUUGUACAUCAUGGUAGAACAAAACGAGAAAUUUCCACGACUCGUGAUACGAGCGGUGCACAUCACUCCGACGUCAGCAUACGGGUCCAGAUCAAAGAGGGCGUGGAGUAUAUUCUAGAUCUGCGGUUGAACGAGGACCUUAUUCCCGACGACCAUGUAGUCCGGUACCAGAAGAACGGGAAGACAAUUGUUCACAAACCUAAGAAGAAGGACAUAGAUCUAUGUCAGUACACCGGCACAGUGCGAGGCAAGCCGCACUCAAGAGUAGCAGUUUCCACCUGCCGAGGGCUGAGGGGUGUCAUCUCUGAUGGGGACAAUAUUUAUUACAUCCAGCCUGAGAAAGGCAAUGACAUCCAGUCUCCCCACUACUUAUUCGACCAUUCCGACUUGAAGACCAACCAUCGCUGCGGGUACGAGGGUGGCGUAACGAAGAACAAGACCUAUGACCCUCUAUUGUUAAAGAAGUACACAGAAGAGAAAAGAGCAGAACGGAGUAGGGGCAGUCGCUACAAAAGAGAAGCAGAAGACACCCAAGUAAGGGGUCCGUUCAACGCGAACAAACUGUCCCGUUAUGUUGAAUUAGUUCUGGUGUCGGACCACCGGGAAUUCCAAGCCAAUGGCGAGAGCGUAGAGACGGUUCAUCAUCAGCUCAAAGACGUGGCCAAUAUUAUCAACUCGGUGUACUCACCACUUAACAUCUUCAUCGCCCUAGUAGGGGUGGUGAUAUGGACGGAGCGCGACGAGAUCCAACUAGUGGAGAAUGGCGACGAUACGCUCAACAACUUCCUACGCUACAGGCGGUUCACGCUACUGUCCGAUAUACCGAACGACAACGCGCAUUUGAUCACCCGCCAGAAAUUCCGCGAAGGCGUAGUAGGCAAAGCCCUAAAAGGUCCCAUAUGCACCUACGAGUUUUCCGGCGGGGUCGCCACCAACCACUCAGAAGUCAUCGGCCUGGUAGCCACGACGAUAGCCCACGAAAUGGGCCACAACUUCGGGAUGGAGCACGAUACGGAACAAGACUGCGAGUGUCCCGAUGAUAAGUGUAUUAUGAGCCCGUCCAGUACGUCUGUUAUGCCGAUACACUGGUCGUCUUGCAGUUUGAAGUCGUUGGCGUUAGCGUUUGAGAGAGGAAUGGAUUAUUGCUUGCGCAACAAGCCGAAGCGUCUGUUCGACUCGCCGACUUGCGGCAAUGGAUUCGUAGAGCCGGGCGAGCAAUGCGACUGUGGGUUACGGGCGCCGGCCGCAUGUCGCGCUUGCUGCGACGAUUCUUGCAUGCUACGGAGCAACGCUACGUGUGCUACGGGCGCGUGUUGUGACCUCGAGACGUGUCGUCCCAAAUCGGCGGGGACGGUGUGCCGCGCAGCAGAAAGGGAAUGCGACUUAGCGGAAUACUGCACGGGACACUCGGAGUUCUGUCCCGCUGACGUGUUCAAGAUGGACUCCACGCCUUGCGGGAACGAACAGGCAUACUGCGUGCGAGGAUCCUGUAGAUCUCACACGGACCAGUGCAGACUCCUGUGGGGUACAACGGGAGAGAAUUCGCACGAGAAGUGUUACACCAGAAACAACGUUAAUGGGACCAAGAACGGAAACUGCGGCUACCUGCGUACGCGGCAAGUCUUCCGCGCCUGCGCCGAGCAAGACGCGCUGUGCGGAAUGUUGCAUUGUCGACACCUCAACGAGCGAUUAGAAUUUGGCAUGGAAUCCGUAGCUCAGUUACAUGCAGUCUUUAUCAAUAAUAAUGGCAAAAUAAUUCCGUGUCGCACUGCCAUCAUAGAUCUGGGGCUCAGCGAUGUGGACCCCGGUAUGGUGCCGGACGGUGCCAAGUGCGGGGACGAUAAGAUGUGCCUGAACCAAAAGUGUGUUAGCGUUCAAUCAGUAAGAGACUCGCUAGCGGCGCGCGACGGCACCGUCUGUCCAUCCAACUGCUCGGGCCACGGCGUCUGCAACUCCGAAGGCCACUGCCAUUGUGAGCCCGGUUUCGCGCCGCCUCUCUGCAUGCUGCCUGGUCCGGGAGGCUCCUACGAUUCGGGCCCAGCUACCGAUCCUAGCCUGCAAAGAAACUUCAUGGUGGCGAUGUACAUCAUAUUCCUCGGCAUCAUCCCGCUGAUACUUCUAGUGCUGUUCCUGCUAUACUACUCGCGACGGAACGUUCUGUUCUGGCAGCAGAAACCGAGGAAAUCGGUCCAGUCUCCCAAAAAGGCGAGUCUCCAACAACGGCUGUCUCGUAGCGCUAGCAAGUUCGCUUCCAACUUCCACAAUAAUUCGCCUCAUGCGCCGCAACCAGCCGUCCACACUGUUGCCAACCCUGACGAUAUGAGCUCCAGUCUCCUACGCUGUGAUAGUGAUCGCAGCCCUGCUGGAAACCUCAACCCGUCGGUCAACUUCUUCGGAAACUUCAAAGGGUUCUCUCUAACUCCCAUAGACAAAAACCCAGCUGAGACAGAAAAACCGGUCGAAGCGAAAAGCGCGAAAAUCACCCCAGUACAUAGAAGCGGCAGUAAUAGCCAAAAUUUAAACCACGGCGUGCUAAAACCGGUUCUGCGAACAGCACCUCCCUUGCCCGUUAUACCUACAACAGCUACUAAUAAAUCUAGUCCGACGGUGAAAAGAACGAAUAGCACAGUCCAGAACAAAUUAAAACACUUCAUGGCGCCUGAAAAGGCUGAAGAAACAUCCCAGCAGACUAAUCCACCGCCUCGCCCGGUCAUAUCCAGCCCGAUUCUGGAAGCGUCUACAUGCACUGCUAAGGAACUCAUCUCACCACUACAAGGAUCCAAAACCUUAGGUCCAACUAGAGCUGCCCCAACUAUUCCUCCCACGUCCCCUGCAUUACCCAAAAGACCACUCAGUAUGCACUCCGGGACUGUCCCCCAAAAACCUUUACCAGAAGAACCAAAAAAAGUCAAAGAGGGUAUAUCGCUCAAUCGAAUAACCUCCUUCCUGAAACCCGACAAGCCGAAAGAAAAAGAACGUAACCCAGUCGAGCGAAGCCACUCGCUUCCCAAAAAUCCGAACCACCAAAUCAAAAUCGCCAAAAACGUCGACAAAACCGCACUGAGAAACCUGCAGAUAUCGAACCCGAUUCUGCAGAAGGAAAUAGACUUGCCAGUGAAUACAGUGCCGGUGGUCUCCGAUUCUGAGGACGGGGAUGAUAAUAAGGCGUUUGUGAAUAGAGCUCAGAGUAUGCGUGCGCCGGCGUCUCAGAAACCAGCUAUUCAGAGCUUUGGGUCUAUGAGGCAAGCGCCUGGUGUGCCCAGGCCAUUGUCCAUGGUUGGAAGACCUACUGCCCCACCCCCGCCGGCGCCACCAUUGAACAACGAAAGCUCCAUUUACCAAAACCCUAAGCCAGUCAACGAAACAAAAUCCGUCGACUACGUAGACUGCAUCGAAGAGAAGCAAGCACCCCUCGCGCAUAUAGAUGAGGAAUCAGGAGAUAACAUCUACGCCAUCAUCGAAGAAAGUCCAGAAAAACAUUCGAAACCACUGCCGGGAGUUCCCCCACCACCGACUAAAACGCUCCCGCAACCGCCACCAGAAGGUUACAUAGCUCCAAAGCCAAUUCCCUCGAAUUCGGGAAGCACGGACAGCAUGGGACUCCUAGGAGAGAUAGUCAAUGAAAUACAAAACCGUAAUUUCGACUCCAUAUACUCCGCGUCGACGCUUUCGAGAAAAAAGGGCAAAAAGGAGCAGGACACAGAGAAAAGAGACAGCACAUACACAAACGCUGACAAUUAUAGAGCUUCAGAGAGUGUGUACAGUAAUUCAGGGGCGAAAUCAAACGCUUCUACAACCAGUAGCGGAUAUUUACACCCUUCGGCGGUCAAUGUGCCGACGUACCUGAACAAAGACAGCGAAACGAAAGAACCGGAGAAGGCGCCUCCAUCUCCCACGUCUAAAGUGAACUCAAAAAUACCAACCUUCGCACGUCAGGUGACGCCGCCCGGCCUGCGAACCACCACGUUCAGAAACGUGCCGCAGUCGCCGAAAGCGACCAAGAAUUUGAACGCGAACCAAAAGAUAUCGAACAGUCCCGAUGUCGUAUCCAGCUGCUCAGUCGCAGACACUAAAAAUGUCAAAGCGCCAGACGUUAUAAACAACAACAAAUUGCCUAACGACACGAAAGUGACAACUAAACCCUCAGUGGUCGCCAAACCCAACGACAAUAGGCCGCCUCUGCGACCAGCGCCCACGGUGGAUAAGAAACCUACAACGAAACCCGCCCCUGUGUUGAAACCUGUAAAUUCGUCAUCUAACCUAAACAAAAACGACAAAAACCAGCCAGUUUACAGGGUCGGUUCCAAAGUGGACAUGAACGUGAAAGCUAUCGCAGACAAUUUAAACAAAAACAAACCUAAAGUCGUGCCCAAACCGACGACAUUAGUACAGAGGUCAGAUUCAGGGAAGGCUACGGCUCCCAAACUGUCCGCCAAACCCUCUAACGUAGCAAGUUUACAACAGAAAUUCGAAAAUAGAAAAUCGCUGGGAAAAGAAAUUACGACUGCAAAGAAAUAGUUAAUUAGCAAAUUGACGAUUUAAUCGAGGAAUUAAACCUUUGACCGAAUGAAUCGGCCAUUUGAACCUACAGACUGUAGAAACUAAACUCGUCGCAUCGAUUAGUUUAAUUUCAAUAAAAUAUGAUGCAACGAGUACAAACACCAUUUUGCAAGAAGGAUAUUGAAGGUAUAAAUUUCUCUAGUCGAUAACUAUUAUUAAAGCCAUUUGAAUAUAUUAUGGGCUAUGUAUGGUCAUAGUAGCUUACUAACUUGGCAAUGAUCGAACUCAAUUUUGAAACCCUCUAAGGGCGAUAAAUGAACUAUGAAACGGUAUAUUUUUGUAACUAUAUCAGUUAUUGCAUUUCACUAUAUUUCGCUAGUAAUAAAAGAAGUGUUCAUGUGUUAAUAUGGUUAGAAUUUUAUUAAAUGUAGUCAUAAUAAUAGAGAAAUAAUAACUAAGGUGUGGAGUGUAUUUUUAUAUAGCCAUUAAUUUUGUCUGAAGCAAAAACGGAUUAACUACUACUUAAAUAGUUAAGUUUAUUUGCUACUAUUGUGGUUUUUGCUCAACGAACAAGACAAAAUGAUUUUGCAAUUUGAAUCUCUCAUUUGCUGUUUUGUGAGAAAAUGACGAAAUUCAGCGAUUUAUUAUAAGUGCUGGUAAAUACAACCUGGGCGAGUUAACUGCACACCUAGCGGCCAUGACGUCACAGCGACGCUCUGGUAUGGACAGGGCAAUUGCGGGGAGUUGUGAUGUGCAUGUGGAUUGAGUGAUC